AUGCCCCCCCACACCCACCCCCCUGAGGGCAUCGGCCUGCUCCCACCCAGCUCUGCCACCCACCACCUGGCCAGACCUGUCUUCCUCUGUGUCCUCUGCCUCCUGGCGACGCUGCUGCCGGCAGCCUCCUCCUGCCCUCCUCCCUGUCUCUGCGACUCAGACACUCUGGUGGUGGACUGCGGGGGCCGGGGUCUCUCCUCCCUGCCCCCCCUUCACCUCCUGCCUCCAGGGAGCCGCUCCCUCCUGCUAGCCAACAACAAGCUCGCCUCGCUGGGAGCCUCUGCCCUCGCUAACCUCUCCUCUCUGGAGGAACUGGACCUCUCUAAUAACUACCUGGAUAAUUUACCAGCUGGAUUAUUCAGAGACAUGUCCAACCUGACGAGACUGACUCUGCACAACAACUCACUCACUGUAAUGGACAGAGGUCUCUUCCAGGGUUUGGGGAGUCUUCAGAGUCUGGAUCUGUCCCUGAAUGGCCUGUCCUCUGUUCCUCUGGGGCCACUGGAUGAGCUGCAGAGCCUCAGGUGGCUGUCUCUGGCGGGAAACCGGCUUCAUGGUUUGGAGAGGGCAGCGUUUGAGCCACUUGCUAACCUACAACACCUGGAACUGGGACAUAACCCCUGGGAGUGUGACUGCAACCUCCGUGAUUUCAAACACUGGAUGGAGUGGCUGCUGUACAGAGGGGGGAAGGUGGACGCGGUGGAGUGCACGCUACCGAAGGAUCUGCGUGGGCGAGACAUCCGUAGCGUUCCAGUGGAAAUGUUCAACUACUGCCUCCAACUUGAAGAUGAGAACGGGGGAGCAGGAGGUGAAGGUUCCCGUUCCGGACAAGGAGGCGUUCCUCCCUGCAGCAGGAACGCUCUUAACCCCAGUGGGGCAACACCAAUCUCUGACAGCAACACUGGUGAUGACUCCUCUUCAAACACGGGAGGCGGAGAGUCCCCGUCGGAUUGUGUCCGCGCCCGUUACCGACCCGUGAGCGUGCGCCGCGCCAUCGGCACCGUGGUGAUUGCCGGCGUGGUGUGCGGCAUCGUUUGCAUCAUGAUGGUUGCAGCCGCGGCUUACGGCUGCAUCUACGCCUCGCUGAUGGCCAAGUACCAGAGAGAGCUGAAGAAGAGGCAGCCACUGAUGGGUGAUGGAGAGGCCGACGGGGAGGACAGGGAGGAGAAACAGAUCUCCUCUGUGGCCUAG